AUGUUUAAGAACACUAGAGAAAGUGUUAGACAAUCCGAAUAUGCGAGCAUCAUUGGCAGUCUUAGAUAUGCCACUGAUUGUACUAGACCUGACAUUGCAUAUGUCGUUGGAUUAUUAUGCAGGUUUACGAGUAGGCCGAGCAAUGAGCACUGUAAAGCUAUUGAGCGAGUCAUGAGGUACCUUAAAAGGACCUUGGAUCUCGGCCUACAUUAUAAGAAAUUUCCUGUUGUACUAGAAGGGUAUAGCAAUGCAGAUUGGAACACCUUAUCAGAUGAUUCCAAAGCUACUAGUGGUUAUAUAUUUAGUAUAGCUGGGGGAGCUGUAUCGUGGAAAUCAAAGAAACAAACCAUCCUGGCUCAGUCUACAAUGGAGUCUGAGAUGAUAGCACUAGCCACAACUAGUGAAGAAGCAAGUUGGUUAAGAUGGUUGCUGGGAAAAACCAAUGCUAGCUGUGCUGAUCCACGAGGAUAG